AUGAGGGAAAACACAAAACUUCAGGGGCUGAAGUGCAAAACAAUAUUAGCGAAAUUUGGAGGGUCUUUUUGCAAAGAAGCGUGCGACUUAACCAACUACCACACGAUUACUAGGGUUUUACAGAAACCACUUCGACCGAAUUCGGUAGUCCAUUGCUGUUUGCCCCCAAGACCCUUGGAAAAGUCUCUUGCUGAAUCGAAGAAGAUGGACAAAGGAAUGCUUGGAGACUUGGACUCCCUUCCCGAGGAGGAUAAGGUUAGAAUGACCGCCAUGAUCGACCAGCUCCAGAUCCGUGAUAGUUUAAGGAUGUAUAAUUCAUUGGUGGAAAGAUGCUUCACUGAUUGCGUGGACACCUUCCGACGCAAAUCCCUAGACAAACAAGAGGAGACCUGUGUCCGCCGUUGUGCUGAAAAGUUUUUGAAGCACUCUAUGCGUGUUGGCAUGAGAUUUGCAGAGCUCAACCAAGGUGCAGCUACGCCAGAUUAAGAUGUCCCUGAUAUAGUUUUGUGCUUCUGUACCAACUGGAAAUGCUUUAAGAUGGGGAGAUGUUUAUUUUUUUCAGAUUUCCUGUCAACUGGGUUUUGCCCUUCUUUGGGAUCUGAGAAUUUCUUUGAGAUUUGCAGUUUACGAGAUAUCAAAUAAGUUGGACUAAGAUAGAUUUGUUUCAUGUAUUUUGAGAAGGAAUGAAUGGAACCCCUUCAUUAUCUGUGUUUUGGCUGUCAUUAAUGAUCCCCUAGCAGAAAGGUUGAUACUAUAGCAUGUGUUGGUGAUACUAUAUUGCGUGGGCAUAUUGAGUUUGUAUGUUUGGGAA